ACGGCGAUCGGUUGUAUUUGCUCCGUUUGUCACCGCUAACGCGUUUUGAUGAUAAAUUUUGCGCGUCCGCCGAUCGAACCGACGAAACGAAACAUCGUGAAUUAGUACACUCUCGUCCGCAACUCCAACGUCUGUCCAUCCAUUCGACGACCGAUUCCAUUCAGUACGUUGUCCGUCGUACGGUAUUUUUUUAAUUCGUAUCGCGCACACUACCGUCUCGUUCAAUCAUGUCUUCGGCGUGAAUUAAUCAUUAUCAGGCGAUUGAAUAAAAAUAAAAGUUUGUCGCUCUUACCUUGACCGGUCAUUCAGUUAAUGUUAUUGAAAUAAACGCAUGAAUCCGCAAUCUGGUACAUGGCCACAAAAAUCGAUGAGAACCCGAUUAAACGGUACAAACCUUCCAGUCCGUCACCUCAGUUAAGAUAUCAAGAAAACGGAAACAGUAUAAUGGAUCCAAUGGAUAUAUCUAUUGAAAACAACAUAGCUACUGAAAAAAUUGCCAUCUUAGAUGCAGGUGCUCAAUAUGGCAAGGUAAUUGAUCGCAAAGUCAGGGAAUUAAAUGUUGAAAGUGAUAUGUUGCCAUUAAAUACUUCUGCAAUAACAUUAAAAGAAAAAGGAUAUAAAGCUAUAAUAAUUUCCGGAGGUCCUAAUUCAGUUAAUGCCGUAGAUGCACCAAUUUAUGACGCAGACAUAUUUAGAAUAGGAUUACCAAUCUUAGGAAUUUGUUAUGGCAUGCAAAUGUUAAAUAAAGAAUUUGGUGGCCAAGUUGCUGCAACUGUUGGUCGUGAAGAUGGUAUUUAUAAUAUUGAUGUAGACUGUCAAUGUUUAUUAUUUAAAUCAUUGAGCAAGACCCAAAGUGUUCUACUUACUCAUGGGGAUCACGUUGUCAAAGUUGCAGAUACUUUUAAAGUAAUAGCUACAUCCAACGAUAUGGUUGCUGCUAUUGGUAAUGAUAUUAAAAAGAUGUAUGGUCUUCAAUUUCAUCCUGAGGUGAAUUUAACAGAACAAGGUACUCAAAUGCUAAGGUCAUUUCUUUAUGAUGUGGCCGGAUUUACGGGAAGCUAUACAGUCAAAAGUCGUGAAGAGGAAUGUAUUAAAUAUAUAAGAGAUCAAGUUGGUCAGAGUAAAGUUUUAGUACUAUUAAGUGGUGGUGUUGAUUCUACAGUAUGUGCUGCACUUUUACACCGUGCAUUAAAUCGAGAACAAGUAAUUGCUGUGCACAUAGAUAAUGGCUUUAUGCGUUUGGGUGAGAGUGAACAAGUAAUGAAGUCCUUAAAUGCUUUAGGAUUAGAUGUUAAAGCUGUAAAUGCCACAUUUGAUUUUAAAUAUGGUACAACUAUACUACCUGACUUGCAUGUAUCCAAACGUACAAGAAUAUCUCCUCCCCUAUGUCAAACUAGUAAUCCAGAAGAAAAGAGAAAAAUAAUUGGUGAUGUUUUUGUCAAGACUGCUGAUAAGUUCCUUAAAACAUUAAAUUUGUCAUCUGAAGAUGUAUUCUUGGCUCAAGGAACUUUAAGACCAGACUUAAUUGAGUCUGCCUCAAGGUUAGCUAGUAGUAAUGCAGAUACCAUAAAGACACAUCAUAAUGAUAGCAAGUUAAUACGUGAAUUACGAGAUAAAGGACGUGUCAUUGAACCUUUGCAAGAAUUUCAUAAAGAUGAGGUUAGAAGGUUAGGAAUGGAUUUAGGAUUGAGCGAAAGUAUUGUAUACAGACAUCCAUUCCCUGGACCUGGGCUUGCCAUAAGAAUAUUAUGUGGAGAAGAACCUUUUAUUGAUAAAGAAUUUUCUGAAACACAAGUUGUAGUUAAAAUUGUUGUAGAAUACAAUGACAUGGUUCAAAAGAGCCAUGCGCUUUUAAAUAGAAUAGAAAAUGCAACUUCUGAAAAUGAACGAAAAUUGUUGCGAGAAAUAUCAUCCAAACAGAAAAUGGCUGCCACAUUAUUACCAAUAAAAAGUGUAGGAGUUCAAGGUGAUAAACGUUCUUACAGUUAUGUAGUAGGCAUUUCUUGCACAGAUCCUGAACCUAUAUGGGAAGACCUUUCUUACUUGGCCCGAAUAAUUCCUAGGGUAUGUCACAAUGUCAAUAGGGUAUGUUAUAUCGCUGGUCCACCUGUGGUUUACCAAGUAUUGGAUAUAACACAUACAUAUCUAAAUGUUCAAGUGAUAGAUUUGCUUAAAGAAGCUGAUCAUGUUAUUAAUAAAGUUUUAACAGAAUGUCCAAUUAGUAUGCGUAAAGUAAGUCAGAUGCCAGUAGUACUUAUACCUUUACACUUUGAUCGAGAUAUUGCUUAUCGUCAUCCAUCUUGUCAACGUUCUGUUGUCAUCAGGCCAUUUAUUACAGAAGAUUUUAUGACCGGUAUUCCUGCGCUACCCGGCAAGCAUAUAUCCGCUGCACUUGUACAUAAAAUGAUGGACGCUGCUCAACAAAUACCUGGUAUAUCUCGAGUAUUAUAUGACCUCACACCAAAACCACCUGGAACUACUGAAUGGGAAUAAAAAUUUGUUUCAAUAAAAAAAUGAGAUUUUGAAAACAUACUUGAGGAAUGUAAAUUUCAUUACCUUAAAAUGAAAUAAUGAAAUAAAAUUGCUCAUUGGUGAUUAUCAGCAGUAAGUUAAAAACAUAAAGUACAGAGUUAUUUUUUUAAUUAGUUUUCAAAAAAACAAAUUGCCUUACAAUAUUAAUGAUUUCAUUACAUUGAGCUAUGUUUAUUUUUGAAAAGACAGUUAUGGUCUUGAUUGUUGUUUAUAUACUAAGUUUUUAUUAACACAAAAUU